AAUGAACGCUGACGGCCUGGGUGAUUUAAAAAUGGAAGUUUGUCAUCCAGUACGUUAAAAAUAUUUUUUAUUAAUGUGUGAAUAAUUUAAAAGUAUCUUCUCACAUAGCUGGUGUUAUUCGAAUUCUUUUAAAAAAAUUCUAAUGGAAAAGCACCGCUGUAUGAAGGCGUUUAUCGCCGCUGCAUUGGAAUAUUCAAAACAUCCCAGUGAAACUACUGCUGCUGUUCUCCAGAGAAACCUUGGGACAAUAGGGGCAUCUCUGGACUUGAGCAUUUUUGAUCCAGGCUCUAGUGUUGCAGCUGAAUUCUAUGUGAGCUUACACGAGUUGACAAAUUCUUUAGUUUCACGUUCAAGUCUGAUAUGGAGUGCCGUAGCUGUUCUUCAACAUGCCUGCAAAAAUUCCGCCGCAAGACAAGCACUAAUUCACACCUAUAAAUUCACACCCAUAUUGACAAGACUGCUGGAGGCAAAUUUGACCGCUGAGAAAAGGAUACGUGUUUUACAACUACUACAAGAAUUAACCUACGGUGUGAAAAUAUCAUGGCUGGAGGCACAUCUACCAUAUCUCAUAUCUACUUUGACUCAAUGGGUGACAAAUUCCACAGAAGAGGAUGUAGUUGCGCUGUCGCUUGGAGUGUUAGUCAAUCUAUGCUACAAGAAUCUACCUGCAAUUUACACAUUGAUGCGAGCUGUUGAUACGAAAGUCUUUGUCAGAACGCUACUCAAAGUACAAAGCUAUAACAUCAAUACCAGGGUUCAGUGCUGCAAGUUGCUCAUCGUACUAGAAGACAUUAAUAGACAAAUUCCUGACAAAGAUAUUCUUGAUUUUGCUGAGGUUACCUUCACCAGUUUAGUUACAGCCUUGAAGGACAAAAACGUUCUACUUCUCAGGCACACUGUUGACUUUUUUGAUGAUGUUCGACAGAAUGAUAAUUCCAAAGCUGUUCUUAUCACCUAUCCCAAUUACAUUGCCGGUGUUCAAAAUAUACUGGAGGCGUUGGGAUCCAACUCUGACCCAGAAUGCGUAGCUUUGAUGAUGGAAUUUUUAGCGUGUUUAGUCAGACUCCAGAUACCAGCCUUAGUAGAAUUGUAUUCACAUUGUGUGAAAGCAGCUAUGAUGUGGGUCCCUGUUGAACGAGUAUGCUCAAAGGCAUUAAGUCUUAUAAGAAUGGUUGUUAUGGAUGCCCGUCGAUUGAAGGGCUCCCUUGAUAUUUUGAACGAACUUGAUUUAUCCGUCCUCAUGCUUGUCUUGGACACUGGAUGUGGAGCAGAGGAAAGCAAUGCUGCAUGGAGUGUCGAAUCACAAGCCAGAUUAACAGAAUUCUUACAAUUGCUACUUGAAAUGGUACGAAUUGCCACACUCAGACCAAAAGUCAUGCAGAUAUUCACUGACCAAAUGAUGCGCCAACUAAUAAGCCCAAUGCUCGAGCAAAAUGAUGCUUCUAUGAAUGAAGCAGGGCCUGGAAAUCUUUUCCAGGAUCCAAUGGUGACAUUAUACAUACAAGCACUAUCGUUGACCGCGGAUUUGGCGGUUCAGGACUCGAAUUGGCUGACUCUGUACUCAGAACUACUGAGAAAGAAGCAAAUUCAGAUGGUGAUGGCACUCGCACUGUUCACCGGGGAUGGAGAGGCGAAGCAAAGGGUAUUGCAAUUGACCUCGUCAGUUGGAUUUCCCCAAGAAUGCGUGGCUGCGGUAGCACGGUGUAUGAGUGAAUUGGAACCACUGGUAUUGGUUCAGGGUACAACGGUACAUGGACCAGUGGCAAGAGACCGUUCAGUGAUGACUAAUAAUCAUUCUGGCGAAAUGCAGGCUCCACUUUUCUCUUUAGCCCAAGAAGGGCGCUUAGAUAUUUUCAUUGCAAAACUUCAAGAGGCAUUCGACUCCAAUCAAAUACAAGAUAUCACAACAUCUGCUGUUAUGGAGCUAUAUGAAUACAAACUAGCAGCAAUGCGCCAUGCGGAAAGGGCGAUGCAGGCCAGUCUUGAGGCUGCGAACCGUCAUGGAACUAGCCUACAGCAUAGAUUGGCACAAGUAGUGGCUGAAUCUAGUCGGCUUCAUCAGCUACUGUUUUACACGCAACAGUGCCUGGAGGGAAGUCAAGCUGAGAAACUUGCUUUAAUUGCAAAAAUUAAAGAUGCUGAGACACAAACUGGCAGGGUACAUGCUACACAAGUUCAGGAGAUUAAAGGACUGAGAAAAAUAGUUACUGAAAAAUCAGCUACGGUUGAACAACUGAAUUGCACAGUACUACAGUAUGCAGCACAACUGGAAGCGAGCAAUGCAAAGACAGAAACUUUGGCAAAGAAAGUUGCCGUAUUACUGAAUGAGAGUCAAAUCAACGAGACUAAGGCCAAGGAAAUCACAGCUAAGCAUAACGAGUUGUGCCGAGUUGUACGUAAAAUGGAAGAUGCCACCACUAAAAAGGAUCAGCUACUCGAGGAGAAAAAUAAAGAAAUAUCGGCGCUGAAACAGGAAAUUCAGAAGCAAACUGAACAGUGCCGCAAUCAAGAAAUCGCUCUUUUCCAAAGGGAUGAGGUCAUCCAAAAAAUGAGAGAUGAACUUUCUGACUUAAGCCGAAUGCGAGAUAUGAUAUUUGAGCUCACAGCAAAAAAAAAAGAAGAUCUAAAUACCAGUUAGUGGACGAAUUCGCAUUUGCCAUGAUUUGAAUUAUAAAAUGACUUCAUAUAUAAUUUGUAUUCACUCAUUAUGCGCAAUAAAAAUAUUUUUUAUUUUA